CGAAACCAUUUACGUUAAUUAUUUACAACUAUGGUUAUUUUUAUAAUCUAUGGAUGGGAAAAAAGAAAAAGUAUUCAUCCGUCGACCAUCUGUCAAAGUAGUUCAAAAAUAAAUAUCCGUUACGGAGUAUCUGAAUGGCUGUGAGAUAUAAAUCGGUGCAGCUGUUAAAAUUAAUUUGAUAAAGCUAAAAAUAGAACUUUUAUUUGAUUUGAUUACAAUUAGGUUUUGAGAAAUAUUUGUUUUACUGUCGAAGAAAAUUUAUAGUGUGUGAAAAGUUUUAAGUUCAUACAAAUACUGGUCGGGAAUAUUUCUGAAUCGUUUAUAUAUUUACAACGAGUGAGUUUUACAAUGAAAACAGUGUUCUAAAUAACACUGAAAUAAUUUUUAAACGCGCUGUUAUUAAAACGAGAACAACAGUAAAGAAAAAUGUUGUCAUCGAAAGCAAGUACGAUUACUUCAGAGGAAAGCUUUAUCACUCCGGUUUCAUCCAUGGGAGAUUUAAUGGCUUUAUCACCCAAGAAAUCGGACGAUUUUUUAGAUAUUUCCCAUAUGACAAACGAUAUACUUACUGGUACCGAUUUUGACAGUAUAUGUGAUGAAACAAUGCGAGAAAUACCUGCAUAUGAUAAUAAUAUGUUCAUUGAUGCAACCAGCUUAGAUUACUUAGACAAGUGUGCUGAAUCAAAUCGUAACUCAACCUUUUUGGACAGAGGAAAAGAGAGUCUCUAUGUUAAAUUUGACCCUUUGUAUGCUCAAAAACAGCAAUUUCACCAAGCUGAGAUUCAAGCAGAUUCAUUAGAAUAUGAUGUUGGCUAUGAGACAAGUAGUUCUACUUCAAUUUUAACCGACAAUGUGACAGGUAAAGCUGAUAACACAUUUACUGCAGGAGCAGUUCAAAAUAAAUGUGGAAAAGAUAAACCAAUGCAAGUUGUGUCACCAGUGGUCAGCUGUGAAUUACCUAAAAGUACCGCAGCUCAAACAAAACCAACCCCAGUGCUUGUUCGUAGUGUCUCUGCCAUUUUAACACCAACUCAGGUUGCAACUGAUAGACUGAUAAGCAUAUCAGGCAAUACACCACCAGUAGCAGCUCCCAGAAGUCCCAGACUAAAGCAUUAUGGAGCACAAGAAAAUGAUAGGCUUCAAUCAUUAAGAGCAAUUCUUCAAAAUCAAGAUCAUGAGGUUCUACAACUACGACAAGAAAACAGAGAACUUAGAUCAUCACUACAAGACUUGGAACAUAACUUUACUCGAUACAAAGAAGACAUGGAGCUUAAAUUAAAAAAAUUGACUGAAGACAAAAUUAAUUUAUUGGACAAAGAAAUUAAAUUGACUCAACAAAUAAGUGAUAAAGAAUUGAGUAACAAGAAAAUGUGCAUUGUUAUGGAGGAAUAUGAAAAAACCAUUUCAGCUUUAAUUGGAGAGCAACAGCAGGAGAAAGUACAAUAUUUUGAAGCAUUGGAUAAAUUGGUAAAAGAGAGGGAUCAAGCUGUAAAACAUCUGAAUAACAUGGAAUCUUCCUUCAAUGAUCUUCUUACUAAAUAUGAGAAAUGUAAAAGUGUUGUAUUGGAAGCUAAAGAUAGAGAAAAUAUCUUUAACAAAAAAAUUACUGAUUACGAAAUUGGAAUGCAAAAGUAUGAGGCCUUGUACAACAACCUAAAACAAACUACAUCUGAUAGUUUGGAGAAAGCUAAUGAAACAUUGGAAAAUUUAAAAAAGAAUCAUAGCGUUGAAAUCACGAAAAUGAAUGCGACAAUGAAAAAGCAUGAAAUAAUGAUAUCAUCUUUACAAGAGUCUUUGGCGCAGAAGACACGAGAUAAUGAAGAACUUACCAGAAUAUGUGAUCAACUAAUAAAUGAAGUUCGCUGAGAUUUCAUUUACUUGAAAUUGAUUUUUUUCCUCAAUUUUAUUUUUAACUUUAUAAUUCCUGCCAUAAUUAUGAUACAAUGCAGAAACUUGAAUCUGAAAUUAUUGUAGUCUUAGCGCAAUAUAAUUAGUAUUGUAUUCUUAUAUUUCUUAUCAGAAUAGCUAUAAUAGAAAUGUUUGCUUUUGCGGUUUUUGGUGCUUUAUGUGAUUAAUGAUUAUCCAUAAAUUUUAGAGAUACUUUUAUAAACAUUCUGAUAUUAUGUUAAUUAAAUUAUAUGUAAGUGAUGAUCCACCAGUAAUAAGUAUUGUUAUGUUGUAAUUUAUUAGGUUUUUAAUUAAUGACAUUUGAAUGUGACAUUAAAUUUCGUAUAUACCUUAAAUCUUGUAUUUUAUUUGCUUUAAGCUAAAAUAUUAAAUAAUCUUAAUUUAUUACCUAUGCUUAGAAUACUUUGGGAGUAUAAAUUCUCAAUAAAGUUUCUACUUUUCAUGAAUGGAAAGUCUCAUGGCAGUUAACAGUUUAAAAGUUUUCUAUUUUUUAAUAUCAUAACUUAAACUUUCUGUAUGUGUGUCUCUUUACGCCUAUAACUAUACCACUGAACCGAUUUUGAUGAAAAUUGGUACUUAGUACUUACAGAGAUAAUUUGACACUAAUAGAUAAUUUAUCCUUACGCGAGCGAAAGCUAGAUAUACGAUAAAAGCAGUUGAAAGAAACAGGAACAACAUUGUAAUUUAUUAGGUACCUACUUUAGGAGUUUAAAAGAUGAAGCGCGAAUAUUAAUUGCAUAUUAUAUUGUGUAGAUCUGUAGAUAGUCUAUGGCGCCCUCUGACAAACAUACAAAGAUGAAAGACUGCAGUUAACAGAGACAGUGCAACCAAAAAAUAUUUGUUUUGAUAAAAUAUGAUCUAUUGCUCUAUACUUAGGAUUGCUUUUUCCUUAUUUAAACUUACCAAAAACGGUCUCGUCUCAACUUGACUCAACCAAUCAUUGACGUUUGUAGAAAUGGUAGUUAGUGUGACCAUGAAUUUUGUUUGACUAUGCACCAUCUCACGAAUUAUAUUAUAUUGGUAAUAUAUUUUUUUUUUAUUAAAGAAUUAAAAGAUUUUGCAGAUAUGUAUGAAAAUUAUAACUUACGGUGUUUACACUUUUACUCUGU